AUGUCUGCUGCCGCCUUGCCCAAGAUCAAGGUCAUUGACACCCAGAAUGUGAAUGGGAAUGGGCAGGGCAGUUCGGUAGGGAUCGACUCUCCCUCAACUAUUACAGAUGGUGGUCAAUCUGGAAGGCCGAAAUCAUCAACGUCUUCAGAAGGCAACCAACAGACAAACAACAAGAAAACGCCCACAAAACCUUCACGCAAUGGGUCAAGCAGAGAAUUCAGCAAUACGAGUCCUACAUCUCCUCAGGGGCGACCUGCGACAGCCAUUGAUCCCCUUUCACACCAUAUUCUGAAACGAACGAAUACCGAGAACACGAUACCUACCAAGUUACGGAAUACGGGUUCAGGAGAAACAAAUUCUGCCGAUCUGACAGGACCUAUAAGUCCAGAGACUGGCUCUCAAGGCAGACAGCUCACGCCAGAGGUAAACAGGAGCGACAGCAAUCCCAUCAGAGAGAAGAAAAAAGGAGUCUCAUUUCUUAGCCGAUUCAGCAUUAUCGCAGGAAAAAAGAAAGACCAACCGGACGAUAUCGACGACGAUGAGUCCGAACUGGGCGAUGUCCGAACGGAAGGGAUGAAUGCACAUGUCUUCUCUUCUUCGAUAGGUGCCAAUGGAUAUAUACCACAGCACAAGGAGCCGCCGAGGUAUAUCAAGGUUCGAGCGCACAACAAGAAGCUGAGAGAGUUUAAUCGCAUGUUCCUCGCUCAAGAACUAAGUGGGACAAAACAUACAGCUAGUGAGGACAAGAUUCCCGGGCUGACGACCACUGCGACCGAGCUUCCCCAAUCUCCCACUAAGCUAACAAAAGCACCCAAGACAGGAGGUGCUGUUUGGGCUACAGAGUUCAGCAAGGAUGGCAAAUUUUUAGCAGCGGCUGGGCGAGACCAAGUUGUACGCAUCUGGGGUGUGAUAUCGACGGCGGAUGAACGGCAUUUUCAUGAGCAUGAGGAGGAUGUUUCUAUGAGUACUUCGGGGGGUGAGCGACUCAGCGCGCCUGUUUUUCGCUCGAAGCCCAUCCGCGAAUUCGAGGGGCAUACCGGAGAAAUUCUAGACUUGAGUUGGAGUAAAAACAAUUUCCUUCUCUCCUCAUCAAUGGAUAAGACCGUUCGAUUAUGGCAUAUAAGCAGGCAGGAAUGUCUGUGCACGUUCAAACACAAAGAUUUUGUUACUUCGAUCGCUUUCCACCCAACCGAUGAUCGAUUUUUCUUAGCCGGGUCGCUGGAUUCUGUGCUUAGAUUAUGGAGUAUCCCGGAUAAGACUGUUGCUUUCUGGAACCAGCUGCCCGAUCUUAUCACUGCUGUAGCGUUUUCCCCCUGCGGGAAGACUGCCAUAGCUGGUGUGCUGAGCGGCCUCUGCUUAUUUUACGAAACCGAAGGAUUGAAAUAUCAUACACAGAUUCAUGUACGAUCAUCGAGAGGAAAGAACGCAAAGGGAAGUAAGAUAACUGGAAUACGGACUGCGUCAUACUCUCCUGGCGACCUUGAAGGAGACGUUAAAGUUUUGAUCACUAGCAACGAUUCGCGAGUUCGCAUGUAUAACCUCAAGGACAAGAGCUUAGAAAUGAAGUUCAGGGGUCAUGAGAAUACAUGCAGUCAGAUAAAUGCCAGUUUCAGCGAAGACAAUCAGUAUAUAAUAUGUGGAAGUGAGGAUCGAAAGGCCUACAUUUGGAACACUGGACCCAUUGAGUCGGAGAAUAGAGACAAGCGUCCCUUGGAGUUAUUUGAGGCUCAUGCGGAUAUGGUCACAGCCGCUAUCAUAGCGCCAACUAAGACAAGACAUUUACUUAGCGCUUCUGGAGAUCCAAUCUAUGACCUUUGCAAUCCUCCUCCAGUCACUUUACUUAGCAGAGAGGAAUCGACUGCCUCCUCUUUGAAUUUUACGGACGACAAGCGAAAUUCAGACCUUGUAAGUGAGUCCCAGAUGAAGAAGCCAGAAGAAUCACCUGCAUACUUGUCGCGUUGUACGCAUCCGGACGGAAACAUCAUUAUAACGGCGGAUUAUUUAGGCGGGAUCAAGGUCUUCAGACAGGACUGUGCUUAUCACAAGCGUAUGCAGAACAACUGGGAAACCGGCUCUACAUUUUCCAAGAAAAUGCUAGGUCGAAGUAACUCAAUACGAACGAAGAAUUCCGGUGGCUCACGCCGCAACUCUGUUUCUCAGAACUCCAUUAACGGCUCACUACACACACCAUCUGAACAUAUCCUUUCGUGGAGAAACACAGUAUUGGACAAUAAUAGCAUAAGAAACAGAGGCUCACGAGCAUCCAUGGGUGAUCGCAGCAUUUCUCCCGGAAAGUUCAAUCGAGCUUCAUUUCAAUCCUCAACGACAACGAAUCCUCAGCCUACUCUAGCGAGCGCGGCCCGUCAACAGCCAUACAUUGGAUCAGCACUCCAUCCAACCUCGAGUGUGUCAACAAUAAGUCCGCCACCCAGUGACAUUCAAAAAGACGCCAUUGACAGAAAACCGUCCUUACCAACCCCCAGCUUCUCCUUCCAAGCCGCCACGAGCCCUACGACCCAAGAAAACUCCCCUCGUAUCGACACAUCCAGCAAAAACUACCAAUUCUGGAACCCCGCCUCCUGGCUCAACGAAUCCAAAUCGCUCCUCCAAAACUCCCACGAUCCGACGAAACUAGGCGUGGAAAAUGGAACCCGACCUGGCACAGAGAGACAACAGAGUUCAGUGAGUGAGCUGAGCAGUGAGACCGGCAGUCCCGGCUACGAAAGCGAAGACGAGGCGUUGAGCUGUAAGAAAUGCGGUGGGCGGGAUUUCAGGGCGAAAAAGGCUAUUGGGAGGGGAACGAAACAGAGGUUGGUGUGUACAAAGUGUGGGACUGUUGCUGAGUAA